AUGGAUUGGGCCGAAGAAUUGAAAAUGUCGAUUAGAAAAGUAGCUGCUCGAAAGGGUCGACGUUCCAGAAGUCGUGAUCUGCUGAAAGAUACCACAUCUUCGGCCCAGACCUCACAAAGCUUAACUUCGAAUUCUACUAAUAAUGUCAGUCGAGGGACUUCAUCUAAUAACAAUGACAUAUGCCUAUUACUUUACCAUACAACUUCGACACCACCAGAUCCGAAAAAACCGCCUGUUUUGAGAAGUAUUUCUGUGGGAUGGGCUGACAGAAGCCUAGGAAAAUUAUCGAAGUGCCUAUAA